AUGGGCGCAUUUGAGGAGUUUUUGCUGGCGGCGGCCGAGAAGGCGCCGUUUUUGGUUGGCGAGGUUGCCCCCACAGUGGUGCAGCGGAAGUCGCAGAAGCGGGACCGGGGGGGCGACGCGGUGACGGGCGAGGGCAGCAGAGUCACGAAGCAGCCGGCGACACACGAGGAGGAGGUUGCACGGCUGCAGCGGCUGCUUGUGGACGGCCCGCUGCAGCCGCUCGGCCUGGAGCACGCGGUGUACCACGUUCUCCUCCCUGCGUUUACCGCCGCUGUGGGGGCGGCGCGGGAGGUGUGGCGCGCCACAGCGGCACUGCGGGCAGGGGAGGCGGACGCAACACAGCAGGGGUCAGGCGAGAGCGCAGGUGCCAGCGCAGACCCCAACGCCAACGCAACAGGGACGCCGUCCGGCACGCCGCCGAGCGUGCAGGCCCUGCAACGGGUUCUAGUUGCAGCACAGGCGAAGUUGACGGCGCAGCGGCAGCUGCUGGACGCUGCGGAGGCCAAACUGCGGGCGACAGUGGAGGCUGUAACGUCCACCUGCGCCACCGUGCGUACGCCAUAG